AAGGAGAUCGGACUUUCGGGUUCCCUUGCAAACCUCAUCUUCGGUCGCAUCUUCCAAGCUUUUCUCGUUUUUCCUCACUCCGAUGCUCUGCGGGUUGCGCGCGAUGCGCGCACUGGCGCCGCUCGCGGGCGCGCUGCCGGCCAUGGCCUGUCGCGCGGCGAGCGGAGCUCCGAGCGGUCCACGCGCGGUGGUGACUGGGGCCGGGAGCGGCAUCGGUCGCGCGCUGAGCCUGGCGCUGGCGGCCAGGGGCGUCUACGUGCUGGCGGUGGGGCGGCGCCCCAAGGCGCUGGCCGAGACUUGUGAGUUGGCCAAGACGGAGGGUCAGAUGGAGGCCCUGGCGGCGGACGUGUCCGCCGCCGCUGGGCGGGCGGCGGUGGCGAGCCGCGCGAAAGAGCUGUGCGAAGGCGCGCCCUUGUCCUGUGUGGUGCACAAUGCAGCGGUGGUCGGCGAGUUGGGGACCGUGGAGCAGCUCUCGGAGGAAGGCUUCCGGCAGACCAUGGCCAUCAACGUGGAGGGCCCCCUCUUCAUGACCAGAGAUCUCCUUCCGCUGCUGACGUCCUCGAAGGGUCGGGUGCUGCAUAUCAGCAGCGGGGCGGCUCACAGGCCUUUGGAGGGCUGCCUGGAAUACUGCACCAGCAAGGCGGCCCUCUUCAUGGUGAUGCGGGCCUUGGACGAGGAGCUCUCGCCCUGCGGUGUCCGCGUGGGCUCGGUGAUGCCCGGGGUGGUUGACACGCCCAUGCAGUCCACGCUGCGCGCCGGGGACUUCGCCUCCGUAGACUACUUCAAAAACCUGGGCACUUCCAGUGCCGGCGAGUUCCAGGGGCCCCAGGCGCCUCCGAAAGGGCUGGACCACCCGGAGAACGUGGCGGCCUUCCUGAGCUGGCUGCUGCUGGAGGUGCCUCCGGCAGAGUUCGGGGGCCGGGAGUGGAACAUCGGAGACCCGGAGCACCAGAAGAUGUGGUUCCGGUCUUGAGUGCUUUUGGCCCAUUUCACUACGGUGGAUGCCCCCGUGUUGCAAGCAAAGG